AUGACAGGAACCCUCGUCGGUAUCGCCUCCGGUGCUAGCGGUGUUGCUAUUCUGGCCGCUCUUGUAGCUUUCGGCUACCUUUUUAAUGACAUUAAUAACUUCUACGACGAUACCAUGAAGGAUAUGGAGGAAUUCAAGGUGAGCUUAUCCUCAGCUGUUCCCUCCGGGCUCCCAAAGAUUCCUUUAUUUCAGUUCUUUACCGACGACGCCUGGUCGAAAAUGAUUUCCACGAACUACGCUCAUGACAGAUCUCCUCGUGAUGCUCACCCGUUACGAAGGAAGAACCGAGUCAAGAAAGGCGGUAAGGUCAAAGACGACUCAGACACUUGUAGCAGCUGUGGAGCUCAACCGAAUAAUUGCCCACCCGGACCGCCAGGACCACCGGGAGAAUCUGGAGAGCCUGGAAUUGAUGGUGAAGAUGGACAACCGGGAAUGCCAGGUCCCUCCGCGAGCAGCAUCAUCUACCCAUCCACCGAUCCCACAUCAUGCAUCAUGUGCCCUCCAGGAGUGCCUGGACCACCUGGUCCAGAUGGUCCCGAAGGAGAUAUUGGUCCCGAUGGUAUGCAUGGUGCCCCCGGAGAAGCGGGUAUACAUGGAACACCAGGUGAACCCGGUCCAGAAGGUAAUGCUGGAAGACCUGGUAGGCCAGGACGUGAUGGAAGGCCAGGAACGCCUGGUAGGAAUGGAAGGAUGGGACGCGGUGGUCCUGGACCCGCAGGAAAUCCUGGACGUGAAGGACCUGCUGGGAACCCAGGUCCCGAUGGAGAGCCAGGUACUCCUGGAGCAGAUGGUGAAGCUGGACCCGAAGGACCACCAGGAAAUCCUGGAGAGAAUGGUGAAGACGGACAGCCCGGACUACCAGGAGAGCCUGGAAUACCAGGCGAAGACGCACAAUAUUGUCCUUGUCCCGAUCGUACUAUUAUGGUCCCGACGGAAGAUUCUGCCGUGAAACGUGAACAAAAGAGCGGCUAUUCCAGAUUAUAA